AUGCCGCCGCUCGUCGUUGACCCGACCACGACCCACCGGGCCGUGCUCUUCGUGACGACGCCUAUUGCCUUUGGCCCGCUCGAGGUCUCGCGCAGCUCGUACAAGCUGCUCGCGCGGCACGUCGGCAUGAGCAUGACGAGCGUCAGCCACUGGGCGCUCUGCGUGAUUGACCGCGGGUUCGGCAAGUGCUGGGCGUACGACCUCAUGAGUGAUCAGAUGGCGCUCAACAUGAUUGGCAAGAACUACUUCCGCGUGUACGAGGUCACGCCAGAGUUUAUCGCCACGUGGGGUUCUUGCCACUAUGUGGGCGAGACGAUCAAGCAGCACGAGGAGAUUCAAGAGCUAGGGUACAAGCACAUGUCAUCGAAUCCGAGGUACCACUUGCUGGAGAACAACUGCCAGCACCUGGUCGAGGCGCUUGUCGCGGAGUUGUGCAAUGGUGCACACGUCGAGCAGGCGAAGCUGAGUGAGGAGCUCAAGGAUGUUUCACCCAAGAUCGCCAUGGAUAUGAUGGUCGCCCGGCUGCGGUCGCGCGUCGAUGUCAAGAACGAGCACGAAGACAGCGAGGACGUCAAGGAGGACGUCGCAGUGCUCAAAUCGCUCCUGAAGCUGUAUGACAACCACCACCGGAAGAAGAGCAAUGCCGCGAUAGACGGCAGCAGCGACGAGCAUCAGCCGCUAGCCAUCAUGCCGGCAACAGCGUCACCCCCAACCGAGCAGGGGUCGUCACCGGGACUUCUGGCUCCUCCACCGGAAAGAUCCCCUCCGUUGCCGUUAAGACCUUCGUCCAGAGGAUUGUCUCCUGGACCGAGACGUAUGUCGCGGGAACCCUCGCCAUCUUUGCCACCGCGACCAUCGUCAAGCCUGGCCAACACGCCCGUGACACCGCCCUAUUUCCCACCACCGCCGACUGGUGCUGGUUAA